CAGAGGAAUACAUCGCAAGAAAAACACUGAAUGUUUUUCCCUUCUUCUUCUGCUGCUGCUUCUUCUAAGAGGUGUUCCGGAAGUACCGUUGUUUUAAUCUCACAGCCCGACCAUUUCGAGGAGGAGAACCAAGGCGGGCAGUAUCAUCAGGAUCUUCUGUUUGAUCCCAUCAUCAAGUCAUCACUACCGGAGCGGCUCUUGGAUACGAGGAGGUCUGUUUUUGUUUUUAGGAGGAAUAAAUAGCCUGCUUCAGGAGAUCCUGUCCCUCGCUCGAAGUCCAUCGUUCAGCUGUGUUUGGGUCGGGGUGGACGGAGGAGGGAGAUGGGGAACACGGGCUCUCGGUAGCUUUCGCCUUAUUUUCCACGAGUCGACUAGAAAAUGCAAAUGCAAAGGAUUGUGUUUUGGAUGUCGAGGUGGAUCGCGGCAGGAGAAAGGCUUCAUCGUGGACCCGGGAGCCUACAAAGAGAAUGAGAUAGAGGAUGGGGAUCUGACGCUGGGACAAUUGAAAAGACAAUAGCAUCGUUUUUUUUUAUAAAGACGUUCCAUUCAAUCUCCGGGCCCCCUUUGUGGAUGAUGAUGCUUCUUGACGGGGGUCUGAGAUAUGUCUGCAUGGAUGGAGUCCCUUCGUACCGUGGAUCGUGCCCCUCGUCUCCCCUCUCUCUAGCCGGGUCUCUGCAGCUGAGGGAGGACCAGUGAUGAGACGAGAGCACAGCUGCUGUUAGGCUGUGAUGUUCCGGUGGCUCGGAGGAUAGGACGGUAGCUGUUGACCAGUGAAUAUUAACAGUGAAUAUUAACAGUGUCUCGACUAGAGCUGGAAAGAAAAACAUCUUUCAUACGCAUUGGCUUCAGCACACAUGCCAUCAGUGGGACACAACACCUAAAAGACACCUUUUAGUUGUAGGUUUUCCAUUGAAAUAGCCUACCCCAUGUACGCCUACAAUAUUAUUAUUAAUCAUAAUAAUGAUAAUAACAAAUAUAAUAAUAAUAUAAUGAUGAUAAUAAUAAUUGAAAAUAAUAAUAAACGUACACAUAUUAACGAAAGUAUACAUUGCUAUUGAUCAUUUCAACCCAAACGGUAUUAUUGUGGAGGGUUUGAAGGUCUUUAUGUAGCUAAACAUGUUCAAGUAUCGGAUCCGCAUGUUUUUUAACGAACUGAAGGUCCUGGUUUUUAUGCGAUCCGAUUCGAGAGCGUCCAGCACAGACGUCGAUACACGGUCGACCACCAUGCGAGGACUAGGGAUGGGCGGCUGCGGCUGGCCUCCCUUUGUCGACUGCCAUUCUCGGGAUGAUGAGGAGGAGUACUACGGCAGCGAUCCGCGACCCCGGAGCCUCGCUUUUGAGGAUAAAGACCCCAAACUGCAAUUGGGUCUUGACGCCGUGUCUCUGGCCAGCACCACUAGCAGCCAACGCACGCCACAAUGUCGGAUCUGUUUCCAAGGCCCAGAGCAGGGGGAGCUGUUGAGCCCGUGUCGCUGCGACGGCUCGGUGCGAUGCACCCACCAGCCCUGCCUCAUCCGCUGGAUCUCCGAGAGGGGCUCCUGGAGCUGUGAGCUCUGCUACUUCAAGUACCAGGUCCUGGCGAUCAGCACCAAGAACCCCCUGCAGUGGCAGGCCAUCUCUCUGACCGUGAUCGAGAAGGUCCAGAUCGCCGCCAUCAUCCUGGGCUCGCUGUUCCUCAUCGCCAGCAUCUCCUGGCUCAUCUGGUCCUCCCUCAGCCCCUCGGCCAAGUGGCAGCGGCAGGACCUGCUCUUCCAGAUCUGCUACGGCAUGUACGGCUUCAUGGACAUCGUGUGCAUAGGCCUCAUAAUCCACGAGGGCUCGUCCGUGUACCGGAUCUUCAAGCGCUGGCAGGCUGUCAACCAGCAGUGGAAGGUCCUGAACUACGAGAAGGCCAAGGACCUGGGCGACCCGCUCAGCUCCAGCAGCAAGGCGGGGGGCCGCGCCGGCCGUGGCAACGUCCCCCACGGCCUGGGCAGCGGCGGGGGGCCGGGCGGGGGGCCGGGCGGCGUGGGGGCGGGCCGCCAGAGCAGGAGGCUCAGGACUAUUCUGAACCAGCACUGUGGCUACACCAUCCUGCACAUCCUGAGCCAGCUGCGGCCCCACGACCCGCGGCUCGGCGCGGCCGCCAGCCGCGAGGUGGUGAUGAGGGUCACCACCGUGUGA